AUGGACGGGCUCCGGGUGAAGAUGUCUGGUCUGACACCUUAUGCAAAGAAACACAAGGUCACCGUGAUCGGCUCGGGAAACUGGGGAUCGACUAUUUCAAAACUCAUCGGAGAAAACACACUUGAACACCCCGAACUAUUCGAGCGAGAGGUCCAGAUGUGGGUUUAUGAAGAGGAGGUCGAAUUGGACAAGAAAUCAAAACACUACGACGAGAACUCCGAGUUCAGCAAAGGAAAACACAAGCUCUCCACUCUCAUCAACACCUUCCACGAGAACGUUAAAUACCUCCCGGGAAUAGCGCUUCCUCACAACGUCGUUGCCAAUCCUAGUCUCGUCGACUCAGUCAAGAACUCUUCAAUUCUGAUUUUCAACCUCCCCCACCAGUUUAUUCUCAACAUAUGCAAACAACUUCGUGGCCAUAUCUUACCUUUCGCUCGAGGCAUCUCAUGCAUCAAAGGCGUCAACGUCAACGACUCCUUCAUUAGUCUGUUCUCCGAAACUAUUGGAGAAGAGCUGGGUAUAUACUGUGGUGCCUUGUCGGGAGCAAACAUCGCCGGCGAAAUCGCCCAGGAGAAGUUCAGCGAGACCACAGUUGCAUAUGACCCGCCAUUGAUAGACUCACAAGCACCGACACCCGCCACAUCUCAAGGUCCCAGCCCGGUUUCGAGUCAUGUCGAUUUAACAAAAAUCGUCCAUAAAGAUGUCUCUGGCAAACCAUCAAAGGUCCAACUCAAACCGCUCCCUGCCGAAUAUCAUCCAAUCGACCAUGACACGUGGAAGAAACUGCUCCACCGACGGUAUUUUCACGUCCGAGUGGUUUCUGAUGUGGCUGGCGUGUCUCUGGGCGGUGCUUUGAAGAACAUUGUGGCUGUUGCUGCCGGCUGGGUCGACGGUUUGGGCUGGGGAGAUAACGCUAAGGCAGCUGUUAUGCGAAUUGGUCUUCUUGAGAUGAGAGAGUUCGGAAACAGAUUCUUCCCUCACACUAUCCAGUCUGACACUUUCACUGUCGAGUCGGCAGGUGUUGCAGAUUUGAUCACCUCUUGUUCUGGUGGCCGCAACUUCCGGUGCGCCAAAAUGAGUAUCCAAGAGGGCAAAUCAAUUGAGGAGAUCCAAGACAGAGAGCUUAAUGGGCAGAAGCUGCAAGGAGCAUUGACAGCUCAUGAAGUAAACAGAUUCCUCAAGCACAAGGGAAUGGAGAAGGACUUCCCUCUCCUUACUGCUGUAUACAACGUCCUGGAAGGCAAAGAGAAGGCAGAGCAUCUCCCCGAUCUGAUUGAACCAGAAGACGAGUAA